ACCCACCAACCAAACUGGUUUUCUCUCAUCACACGGCUGAAAAGAACGAAAGCUUUAAUGAUGAACUGUCAGAUACCCACACUGAAACAUUUCCCAGAUGAUUAUGAAAUGAAAGGCAAAUAGGCAAAGGCUGAGCUCUGUGUGGAGUUCGGUCUUUCUGAGUGGUUUGGUCUUAACAAAGCAAGACCAGCUGUUUAGUGGUGUAUUUUCCCGAGAAGAAAGACUCUAUAUAUAUACUGUUUUUUUCAUUGUUUUAUAACUUUUUCUGUUUUAUUUCUGUAACUUUGACCGCUGAGAGAGGAAGGCUGAUUGAACUCAAGCUGAUAGUUUCGCAGCUUUCGGCGCUCUUUCUAUUUCUGUUUCUCUUUCUCUUCAAGUUUUGUGUUACCGUGAUUCCUUUCUAUCACUUUCUAUGUCUUUUUUCCUAUGCUUAAAUUUGCAUUUAACACAUCCAUGUUUAUAUAUGUAUUAAGUGAGAACUAAGGAGAAAGAGUUGUUUUUUUAACUCUCUAUUCACCCAAAUCUACAACAACCCUUUUGGCUCUAUUGCUUUUCUUUGUCUUUCUUCUUACCAGGUAACCCUUUUUAGCCUUCAAUUUGUCAUUUCUCUCUCUUGGUAGAUCUUUCUUUCUUUUCUAUUUUCCUCAUCUGGGUCGAAUUUUGUGCUGAGAUCUUUGUAUUGUUCUCUAGUAGGAGAUCAAGAGGCUAGCUUAAUUACAUUAUGAAUCAAAUUUAUAGAAGCCAAUUGAAGACUCAAGCAACACAUGGUGGUGCUUGACUAUUGCAUAUUCUAUUCUUUCUAUUUUAACAGAAAAGAUGGGCUUACUCUGCAGCAAAAACCGUCGUUACAAUGCAGCGGAUGUCGAAGAGAAUGUUCAGACUGCAGAAGUUGAAAGACGCAUUGAACAAGAAACAAAGGCCGAAAGGCAUAUUCACAAACUUCUACUACUUGGUGCUGGGGAGUCCGGGAAAUCCACAAUUUUUAAGCAGAUUAAACUUCUAUUCCAAACUGGCUUUGAUGAGGCAGAGCUAAAGAGUUACAUCUCAGUCAUACAUGCCAAUGUUUAUCAGACUAUAAAAAUUUUGUAUGAUGGGUCGAAGGAAUUGGCUCAGAACGAAACAGAUUCCUUGAAGUAUGCUGUAGCCAGUGAAAAUAAGGGUCUUGGAGAAAAGCUAUCAGAAAUCGGAAGCAGGUUGGAUUAUCCACGCUUGACUAGAGAGCUUGCACAGGAUAUAGAAACUCUAUGGAAAGAUCCUGCAAUUCAGGAAACAUUUGCUCGUGGUAAUGAGCUCCAACUUCCAGACUGUGCUAACUAUUUCAUGGACAAUUUGCAAAGAUUGUCUGACACGAAUUAUGUUCCAACAAAGGAGGAUGUUCUCUAUGCAAGAGUUCGUACGACUGGUGUUGUAGAGAUCCAAUUCAGCCCUGUAGGAGAGCAUAAGAAAAGUGGUGAAGUCUACAGACUCUAUGAUGUUGGAGGCCAGAGAAAUGAGAGAAGGAAGUGGAUCCAUCUAUUUGAAGGCGUUACAGCUGUUAUUUUUUGUGCUGCUAUUAGCGAGUAUGAUCAAACACUCUUCGAGGAUGAACAAAAGAACCGCAUGAUGGAGACAAAGGAGCUUUUCAAUUGGGUUCUGAAGCAACCAUGUUUUGAGAAAACUUCCUUCAUGCUGUUUCUGAACAAGUUUGAUAUUUUUGAAAAGAAGGUUCUAAAAGUGCCACUGAAUGUAUGCAAGUGGUUCAAAGAUUACCAGCCAGUUUCAACGGGUAAACAAGAGAUUGAGCAUGCCUAUGAGUAUGUCAAGAAGAAGUUCGAGGAGUUAUAUUUUCAAAGCACAACUCCUGAUUGUGUGGACCGCGUCUUCAAGAUAUAUAGAACCACUGCCCUUGAUCAGAAGCUUGUGAAAAAAACCUUCAAACUAGUAGACGAGACAUUAAGACGCAGAAAUCUCUUCGAGGCAGGCUUAUUGUCAUGAAGAUAGAACAGUUUCUAUGAAUUGGUCAGAUUUUGGACGUGAAAGUUGGAUGAAACAACCAAUUUGUUGUCGGCUAUUAUAUCACAUUCCAUACACACCAAGUUUUGAAUCCCAAUUGUUUCUCACACAGACGAAGGACAAAGGAAUUUUUUCCGAAAUGUCAUUGACUGCUAUUUGUAUUAAGAAAAACCCAACCCACCCAGAAUUAAUUUUCUCAUCUGUUUUGUUUCAGAGCGGGCAUCAAAACUUACAGGAAUGGCUUAUAAAUUUUGUUCAGAUAUAGUUCAUUGUCUGUCGAUAAGCAUUAUUUGUGGGGAUAUUUCUGUGACUGGUGGAAUCAACUGGGUUGUAAGUGAAAAUAUUGAAGAAAUUAGAUCAUGUCUUCUGUGUUGUUGAAAA